AUGGCUUUCCUUCCUGCUUGGACCUGUGUACUAGCUGGUUGCUUCUCUGCUUCUUUAGCAGGAGUAUCUAAUGUCCCAGAUCUGUAUCCCCCACUGUGGAGGACGAGUGCUGGUCGGUUCAGUGACUACAGGGUAGAGAAUGGAAAGUACGUUAUUGAUCCCUGGGUUUACAAUGAGAGAAUGGGGAUGUACAAAAUCCUGGUGAACACCACAGCGAGUUAUUUUGAAAACAUCGUAGCAAACAAUGAUCAAAAUAUUUUAUGGGGAUUACCUCUCCAGCAUGGCUGGCAAUACAGAACAGGACGAUUAGCUGAUCCCAGACAAAGAAAAGGCUGUGGCUAUGAAUCUGGAGAUCCUUUGUGUAUCUCUGUGGACAGUUGGUGGGCUGAUAUGAAUUACUUUCUAUCUGCAUUGCCUUUCCUUGCUGCGGUUGAUUCUGGCGUAAUGGGGAUAUCAUCAGACCAAGUCCUACUUUUGCCACCACCCAAAGAUCAGACAAAGUUUUGUCUUAAUGUUUCUAGUUGUCUGCAAUCCUUUCCUGAGACAAUGAGCAAGUGGAAUGCCUUUUACCAGCAUUUACAGGAUCCUUCUAGUAGCUUUGAAGACCUGUUGAAGUAUUUGUGGACUGCACAUGUCUCAAGCUUGGACUAUGCUAGCAAGAUAUUUGAAGAUAGGUUGGAGUAUUAUUCUAAGCCAGAAGCAAGUUUUGGAAGAAAUUGGUGUGUGGCUGUGGAAUAUUUAGCUGCAUCCCUCUUUCCUACAACUUUGGUUAGAACAUAUGAAUACCAGAAGGGCCUGCCACCACGAAUGCUUGUUAACGGGGAUAGAGCCCCCUUCAUCAAAGACUUUACUGUCUUUCAAAACACUGUCCUGCUUGUUCUAAGUUUUCUUUCCUGA